GCUCAAAGUGCAUGUGCACGAGAAACAAACAAUAAAAAUGCUGCAAUCUAACCGUGUGCUGCAGCGGGAACAAGUAGAACUCCUGGCUAUUGAAAAGAAGCUGCUGAAGGUAUUGCCUGUUAUCCAGGAGGCCUUGAAUUCGCUGAAGGUGGAGGAACUGCAUCUGAAAUCCCUGAGUCUGGAGCGUACCAUCGAGUCACAGCUUGUGGCGCCUGCUAGUCGCACACACUUUGACAUGAGCGAAGCUCCACACAUAAGCACACCAGCGGCCAUGCAACCGGAUCAAAUAAAUCAGCAGAAAAUCGAUUUGGACAUCUUUAUAAACAAGCUGGAACACGAUGAGGAAUUGGAUUCGGACUGAGCUAAAAUGUUUAUUCAUGGUUCUUGCUGCCUGACGGAGAAUUUGCCAGACCACACGUUUACAUACUGUGAACUUAAAUAAUACAAAUAUUUCGUGCACUUAAAUAGGGGUAAAAUUACAAAUUACCAAAGAACGAAAGAGUAACUAAACUACUAAAGCUAUGCGCUAAAAA